UGUUCCACCUCGCUUCAAACUCUUGUAAAUUAGCCUGAACAUUUCGUCUCGGAAAUAAUUAUUUUGAUUCCCAAAUUCGAACAUCUGAACGUCUGAGACACACGUGAGUAAUUGUUCUGAAUUCAGUGUACAAAAACAACCACUGGCAUGGAAGUAAGCAAUGGAGUGAAGAAGCACCCCAGUGGUAAUUCUCAAAUUUUUCAACUUGUUUUGCCCUCAAAUUGGAUCAAUAUUGGACUACAAGAAGAGAGGUGGAAAACCUUGAAAGAUGAACUAAAAUAUGAAUCUUGUGAGAGGCUGGUUACAAUUCUCAUAGACACAUAUUACAAAUAUAAUGAACUUAUUUCUAAACCAUGUGUACAAAAGCUACUGAAAAAUGGUGGUGACAACAGGGACAACAGUUUGUUGGAAUCUGAAAAGCAGCAUACGUCCAUUCAGGGAAUUUCUUUUGGUCAAGACAGUCCUGACACUAGGGGGCAGCAGGGGGCAGAUCCGGAUGAUCUUGUAAGCUCAGAUGUUUCUGACAAUGAGACACAGUCAGCUGUCCAAGACACCAGAUGGCACCACAAGUUCAUUCAAAAUGACAAAAGCACCAGAGGACAGCAGGGGUCAGAGCAAGAAGCAGUUCAACUCCAAGAUGGCCCUAACACCAGAAGAUUAAAUUCUGCUCUGUCAGACAGUGAUAAUUCUGGUAUAAAUCCAAAAGAAGGUGGUAAUGGCAAGACAAGCCAAGAUGGCCUGAAAGUGACCGUGGAUUCUGUCUUCUCCCUAAAGCACCCUGACUUGCCAAUUUCUGUCACACAAAAAACUAAUCCUAACAAUACCACUAAUUUGAAAGAAGGUUUUGGAUUAAGCAAGUCAGAUGGCUCUAAAAUGUCAUUGCUGAGUACUGACAAAAGCAUUGAGAAGAUACGUACGGAUAAUGAACUGACAACUCUCUACGUUUGCCCUGUUUGUCCCAUGCGAUUUUGGUCUCUGGAUCUUUACAAAAGACAUGAAAAAACUCACUUGUAUUACUCCUACCAGUAUAAAUACUGUGAGGAGACCUUUCUGCAGCUGAGGGGUGGUAAGUCUCAUGAAAAACUACAAAAUGAGGAAAAAACAUAUUUGUGUCGGUAUUGUGGAAAGACUUUUUCCAGGAGAAAUGUCUUCCGGGAACAUGAGAGGGCCCACACUGGUGACAAAGCUUACCUGUGUAAGCACUGUGGCAAAGCAUUUACCAGGUAUUUAUAUAGAAACGAGCACCAGCGAAGACACAAACUUGGAUCUGAAAAACCAUUCAAAUGUCAGGUUUGCUCCAAAACAUUUGCAGAAAAGAAAGGAUUCAAGCGUCAUCAGAGGAUUCACACUGGAGAUAGGCCUCAUAAGUGUCAGUUUUGCGAGAAAACAUAUCUUCAAAGAACCACAUUGAUUAAUCACGAGAGAACUCACACUGGAGAGAGGCCAUACAAGUGCAGAUUUUGUGAUAAAGCGUUUAUGCAAAGAGCAACCUGCAAUCAGCACGAGAAAAUUCACGCAGUUUCCACCACUUACAAGUGUCAAAUUUGUCAUAAAGAGUUUAAAAACAAGAAUGCUUGUGUAAAGCAUGAGAUGGAACAUGCUCCUUAAACUUGCACACUCAUAUUGUAAUGAUACCACAUUUUUUUUUGUAUGUCAUAUAACCUCUACCCCUACUGUAUUUAGUACAAAAGACUAUGUAAAUGUGCCAGAAACAUAAACGAGAUCGAUAAUAAAGUUAAUACAUAAAAUAAAUACCCUGUUAGUAAAAAAAUGUAUCAUUGCUUUAUUUUUCACCCCUUUUUUGUGUACUUUUAAGAUAGCGUGCACUAUCUCUAGUGUUUACUAAUGGUUGCAGUUAAGGCAAUUUAUUUUUUCUUUAAAAUAAUUUUUAUGGUAGACUAGGUACCACUGCUACUACUAGUAAAUAUACUCUGUAUAAUUACCAGUUUUAAACACCAGUGCAGAUCAAGACUGUAAAUAUAGUCUCACUACAAAUAUAGUUUUAUAAUACACACGAUAAUACAACGAUUAUGCGUGUGCAGGUUUUUAUUAACAAAAUCGGUUUAUUAUUUGAGAAAAAAUUGUUCCGAGUAGGCCUUCCAAGCACGCACUUUAUUUAGGUCAAGGUCAUUUCCCUAGCCGCAUCACGGAUUUACAAGCAUUUUUCGCAUCAAAAUAUAGAGCGCACAGUUGAUCGCAAAUGCAAAGUGAUUCUGAUAAUGUCCACAAGUAACUUAUACAUAAAGGUCAAUAAAAACUGUUUUAGGAGACAAUCAUUUAA